AUGCCGCCCCAGCAGGCCCCGCCGCGCAUGAUAAGCCGCCGCCACGUCUUUGGCGUGUGCGAAAAUGUGAAGGACGGCUUUCAAUACCUCGAUGACACCAAUGUCGUCUGGGUGUCUGGAAAGAGUCUCGUCAUCCUGGACACGCAGCUUGGCACACAGCAGUUAAUUCCAUGCACCCCUGGCUGCAACUUCGUCACCGCCCUGGCGAUGUCGUACAAUCGCCGGCUAUUGGCCGUGGCGGAGAGCUCCAAGUUUCCCUGCAUUGUUAUCUACGUCUGUGAUCCGAGUGGAACUCCAAAGCUAAAGCGGAAGAAGCUUUUGCAAGUGCCCGAUCUUGGCUCAACCGAGUACGUCUCACUCAGCUUCUCCUUGGAUGGGCGGUAUCUCAUUUCGCUUGGUGGCCAGCCCGAGUGGAACGCCGUGUACUGGAACGUUGAGCGGGCAAAGGUCAUGGCCUCCUGCGCCGUGCUUGACGAAAGCGAGCUCUCCUCCAAGGACAGGCGUUUGCUUAACCAGUGCAGUAUUUGCCCCAAUGACUCCUCGCUGGUGUGUGUGUCGGGUCACGGCAUUGUGCGGUUUUUGCAGCUGCGGGAGAACCACCUGCGUCCUGCCUCGGGUGGGCUGCGGGAGCCCGUCACCAAGUACCUGGCCCACAUCUGGAUUCCGUCGGAGAACCGGCUUAUCCUCUCCACCGAGAACGGCGACCUCAUCCUCAUGGAGAACAACGAGUACAAGUACCCGCUCCCACUUUCCCCGUCCGAUGGGAUUGCCAUCACCGCCCUCGUGGCGUACAGCAAGGGAUUUAUCUGCGGCGGUGACCUGGGGCUGAUUUGCAUCUUUGAACGGACCGACAGCAAGGAGAUGUACCGCAAGGUGCGGACCUUUAAGUUUAACAACGACGCAGAAAACAUGGGACCUCCGUCUGAAGUUGUUCCGGCGAUUCACACCCUCACCCUCUCGCCCCAGCCUGCGGAGGAGUAUGUCUCCUUCAUGACAAGCACAAAACAGUUGUACUCCCUCAACCUCCCCAAUGCCGACUUCUUCAAGUCGGAGGAGCGGGUGUUUGAGCCCAUUGGACAGCCCUUCCAUUCUGGGCCUGUGGUUGGCGUGGAUGUCUGCGUGCAGCGGCCGCAUGCGGUGACCGCUGGCCGGGAUCGCUGCAUCUUCCUGUGGAACCUCAUCACUGGGGUUGUCGAGUUCCGCAAGCGGUUUUCCACCGACAUUUACAGUAUUGCCAUGCAUCCAUCGGGGCUGCAUCUCUUGGUGGGGCUCGCCGAUGGGCUUCGCAUGAUGAAUUUGUACCACAACGACGUUAGGGAGUUUAAAAACGUCGGCAUUCGCUCCUGCAUGGAGUGCCGCUUCAGCACCGGUGGUCAAUUCUUCGCGGCGGCACAUGCAACCACCAUUCAUGUAUACUACACCUACACCUGCGAGCUGCUGGGGCACCUGCGUGGGCACAGUGGAAAGGUGAAGAGCAUCUACUUUGUGCCCCCCGACGAUACAAAGUUGGUCUCCGUGGGCCUCGACGGCGCCGUCUACGAGUUCAACCUUUGCGACUUUCACAAGCUCCACGACAACGUGCUCAAGGCCAUGACGUACAACUGCGCUGUGGCAGACAUAAGCACGGUGUGGACCGCCGGCAAUGACCGCAAGCUUCGCCAGUUUGAUCGUGCCAAGCUGCAGCCUACUGCCGAGUACGAUCUGCAAAACGCCUCGCUGUACUCUAUGGUCAUCAGCUCCAAAUUAAAAUUACUCGUCGGCGGCGCCGAGGAUGGCACUGUUCGCGUGUUUAAUACCUACCUCGGCGAGAAGCUCUCUGGCGCGGACCGCGAGCGGGAGAAUGGGGGCGACAUCAUGAUUGAGUCCCACAGCGCCCACUCCGGCAUCGUCACGCGUCUCGCGCUGACGUUUGACGAGUCGAUGGUGGUCAGCGUCGGCGACGACGGCGCCGUGGUCUUCUGGGACGUCGUCGCCCCAUAUCGUGGGCCGCAGAAGGAGGUGGAGUACUCCCGCGAGCUGUUCAUGGCUCGGGCCGACCUGGAGGCCACCACAAAGGCGGUCGCCGCGCUGGACGCCGAGGUGGGUGAGCUGAAGCAGCGGAUGCUGCAGCAACAGAUUAAGCGCGACCGGGUGCACGAGGAGCAGCUGGCGAAGCUGGAUCGGGAGUGCGCCGACGAGCAGGCGCGUCGCCUCGCCCAGUACGAGGCGCUGAAGGAGGAGAAAAACGAGCAGGCCAUCCAAUUCACCGAGUUCAUGGCGGAGAUGGAGGCGAAGGAGAAGGAGGCACUGCGGCGCACCAAGGAGGACUACGGCGUCAAGAUUGAGUCCCUGCGCGAACGCGCCGACCGACUGCGACAGCUCAUUGACGAGCGUCAAAAGGAGCAGGACGCCCACCUCGCCGAGGUGCACGACAUUGCCGCGCGGAAACGGGUGCAGGACAAGGAGCGGCAGCAGUUGGUCUUGCAGGAGAUAGACGACGAGCAUCGUCGACUGCUGAUGGAGAGGGAGGAGGACGAACGGCGCACCGACGGCUACUGCGCCUUGAUUGAGGAUGACACGGAUGUGGAGGUGACCCUGCUGAAGGAGGACGUUGAGAAGCGUCGCAAGGAGCAGGAGGAGGAGGUGGCCGCGCUGCAGGCGAACAACGACGCCCUGCUGUCGCGGGAGAACAUCAUAAAGGCUGACCUGGAGGCGAUCAAGGCGGAUGUGCGGGAGAAGCUCCGGCAGCAGACGACGUUGGAGUCGCAGAUAGAGGCGGCAAAGCGCGACAUUGGGGCCCUCACGCAGGAGUUUAAGGACCGCGGGGAGACGAUCGCCGAGAAGGAGCGCCGGGUGCUGGAUCUCAAGAAGAAGAACCAGGAGCUGGAGAAGUUCAAGUUUGUGCUGGAGUACAAAAUCAGGGAGCUCAAGUCGCAGAUCGACCCCCGCGACGAGGAGAUUCGGCAGGCGAAGAGCCGUCUGGCGGAGAUGGGCAAGGAGGCGGACAACUACACACACAGCAACGAACACCUCGUGCUGCAGAUCCGCAACCUGCGGCAGAAGAAGGCGGGACAGCAGCGGGAGCUGGACAUGCUUGCGGGGAGCAUGCGCGGGUUUUCGGAGUAUCUCUCGCGGCUCUGGACGGAGCUGUGCGACCUGCGGGAUGAGACGAACCCGCGCAAGCUGAAGGAGACGGCCAAUAUGCUCUUUGACAAGUACACCUCCAACAAGGCGAUCGCCGCGAGCAAGGUGCUCGCCUCCCGCACAGCCGCGGACGAGGUGCGAGAGUACAACCGCGAGCGCGACCACCUCGAGCGCAACCUCGCGGGGCUGAAGAACAAGGUGAACAAGGACGCGGAGAACAACCGCGCCGACAAGAGCCGCAUCGCCACUGAGAACGUCAUCCUCAUCAAGGAGAUCAACGACCUGCGGAAGGAGGCACGACUGCUGGCCGGAAAGGCGGGGGCCUGGCGCCAGGCGGAAACUGCGGGCCUCUCCGCGCACGAAGAGGAUACAGCGCGUGAGCUUGCAAUGCAGCGGGCAGAACUGCAGCGUCUUCGCCUCUUGGCGGCCAAGCUGAACGAUGAGGCGCGCGCAAAAGGCAUUACGUUGAAACCCCCUUGCUUGGAGGAAAAGAAGCAGGAGAAUUGA